AGCCGGGGCGCUAGGCAGGGCGGCCCAACCCCGCCUCCGUCCCCGACCCCCCUCCUUUUCCCUCCUCCUCCCACUCCCCAUCUCUCGGGCGCAAGCGCGGGCUCGAGACGCGGAGGGCGCGAGCGGCAGCUGUCAAGCGAACGAGGCGCAGAGAAGGAGGCGGAGGUGACGGCAGCGGUGAGGCGGCGGUGAGGUGACGGCGCUGACGGGGACCGGGAGAGCGAGCAGCGCUGAGCCAGCCCAGCCCGCAGCUCCCUCGGCGCCUUCGGCUCCCGCCCUUGCCCCCGAAUUAGAGAAAGAACACUGGACUAGGAGUGAGAAGACUUGAAUACUUGGACAGAAUCUGCCACUAACAUCUUGGGUUGUCUUGGUCACAAGCCCAUACCCACCUGCUGUUGCUACAAUGAGUGGGAAGUCCCUGCUCUUAAAGGUCAUUCUCCUGGGGGAUGGUGGAGUCGGGAAAAGCUCCCUUAUGAACCGUUAUGUAACCAACAAAUUCGAUUCUCAGGCUUUCCACACUAUAGGUGUAGAAUUCCUAAACCGAGAUUUAGAAGUCGAUGGUCGCUUUGUGACCCUCCAGAUCUGGGACACUGCAGGUCAGGAGCGUUUCAAGAGCCUACGAACACCAUUCUACAGAGGAGCAGACUGCUGCCUCUUGACCUUUAGUGUGGAUGACAGGCAGAGCUUUGAAAAUCUUAGCAACUGGCAGAAAGAAUUCAUCUAUUACGCAGAUGUGAAAGACCCUGACCACUUCCCCUUUGUAGUUCUAGGGAACAAGGUAGACAAAGUCGAAAGACAAGUGACCACUGAAGAGGCAAAGGCUUGGUGUUUGGAGCAUGGGGAUUACCCCUACCUGGAAACAAGUGCCAAAGAUGACACCAAUGUCACGGUGGCCUUUGAAGAAGCAGUGAGGCAGGUUCUGGCAGUGGAGGAGCAGCUGGAGCAUUGCUUGCUAGGCCAUACCGUUGACCUAAACAGCAGCUCCAAAGCUGGAUCUUCAUGCUGUUAAGGCAACAGCUUCUAGAAAAGUAUACCCCAACAUUGAUUUGUCAAUAGUGUAAGGAGAAAUGAUUUCCAGGCACAUCUAAGAGUGUCCAGAAAAAAGGGUAGUUAGAUGUUAUUGUUGACUGUCCAUCAGAGCCUUUCAAAUUGAAGUUGGGAGUUGAGACGAAAAAGCUUUAUGGGGAGCAAGCCAAAUGUAUUUGUGUGUGAUUUCUGCUAUUUCCCCUUCCCACAUAUAUCAACCAGGGCCUUCAAGGAAGAUUUAGGUCUUGAGUGAAUUAAAUAGUUUCACAUUUGCAGUAUUAACCCAGAACCCGCUGUGAAAAUGAGGCUUUCAGCAACAUGGAGUUGGAGAGCUGCAGGUAUCACUGAAAGUGUAUCCAUUAAUGAACUGAAAAGGGUUUCCAUCAAACUCUUUGGAAAGUAGUUUCUUACAUUUCUGCCAAAGGAAAGACACAAGUCUCAAGCUGUGUUUCAACAAAAGUUGUGAUGCUUCGUGAGGCUGGCAUGACUGGGAAUGCAGAUUUGUAGCAAUGUAUGUUGCCUUGUUGAAACCCUUCUAUAUAUUUUUCUCCUGCUCUGAGCCUUUCAAAGAAUACCACCUCAAUGCAAGACAGACUCAUGCCACUGGGAACAGUAUACUCCUUUUAUUUUAAAUGAAUAGAUUCUGUGCAAAUUUCCAACCUUCUUUGGAGAAAAAUGGUUGAUCUGCUUUACUUUGUACCCUUGCUGCAUAGAGAUGUUGCUUCUAUGUCAGCUUUUCAUCAGCUGAAGAGUUCUGCCUGAUCUUCUUAAUGAUGGGUGUCUUUGGUCAUAAUUCACUUUUUGACCCAGGUGGUCCUUGUGGCUACCAGAACAAGCUCAUCGGGAAGGCCAUUAGAAAGAAAUGAGGGAACGAAUCUCCCUCACAAAGUUCUUUAACUGCAGGUAUUUGGAGAUCUUUCCACAUAGAAGAGGAAGCUUACUUGUCCUGCUGCUCCAAGAGGCAAAACUAUAACCAAAGGGUAAAAGUUACAAGAAGCAGAAAAACUGAUUUUGAUAUGGGAGCUAUCUACCAGUGGUCUGGAUUGCCUUGGGAGGGCUUUGUAACGUCAAGGCAUUCAAGCAGAGGCUGAGUGAUAAUCUAUCAGAGAUGCUGUAGAAGGGAUUCCUGUACUGAGUGAGAGGUUGAACUCCAUCACCUCUCAGCUCUCUUCCAACUCAAAGUCCUCUGAGUCUAUAAUGUAUGUUUCAGUGCCAUGUAGUUAUGGAUUUGUCGUGGGCUGGCAGCUUAGGCCCCAGAGAGUGAUGUGCUAAUGUCUUAGUCUGCUUUGGUCUUAAAAUACUGCUUUAAAGUGGCUUGUCUUUAACAGCAACUGGUCAGUUAAUUCUUUUUUUGCUUUUGGACAAUGGCAGGGGAAAGUCUAGAACUCUAUGUAAUCUUAAUGUGCCCUAAUAAAAGCAUUAUGAAAAGAAAAUACAGAAGUAUGAGAGGGCUUGGCCAACUUUUGGUCACAGUGGCUGCUGGAUCUAAAACCACAUUAUUGAAAUUUAUAGUCCAGAACCUAGAUUUUAUUGAUUGAUCCAUCUGUCUCAUGUAGCUGUUGUUCUGUAAAUCCAUAUUCUCUUUGAUAAAUAUCAAAUCCCAAAUGGUGAAAUGCUGGCAGAAACUACUAGUAAAGGGGUUUUUUCCCCCCCGAGAGCAACUUUCACAACUGGUAGUCACAAAAACAUUCACCUAUGCAGAAAGGUUUACCUGACUUCCCAAAACAUGAAAAUGGAAUGAACUGACCACACGCAAAUCUCCAGUUAAGGUAUAGGUCUGGCUCUAUUGCCCAGACUAGCCUUGAUGUUGAAUAUCAGAAUCAGAAUCAGCCCUCUUCCCUUCCUCCCAGCUCUUAAGUUUAGGCUCCUGUGUUGACCUCGCCCACAGCCAUAAAUGCUGGUUUUCAAGUCAUGUGACUGGACUGCAGCAGUGACAUUAAGGUGGAAAUUUUCAAGUUGCUGUAGUCAGAACUAGUCAUUGUUAAUCAUUUUUUAAAAGUGCAUGGAUAUGGGAUCCUCUUUCUAGUUGCAUUCUGUUUAUGAUCGCUUGUCUUUGUAGAUCUUAGGCCUUUAUGAAGACCAACAUGGACAUCCUCCCCAAAGGAUUUGCUUCUAUUAUAGUGGCGUAUGAUUUGUUGACUAAAAAAUCACGUAAAUUUCAUCUUCUUGGGCCUGCUUUCUACCCAAGAAAAACGUUAAUCGUCUUGAUGGAUCGACUGAAGACUCAUUUUUCUUUGCCGCUGCCAUACUAAUUUCCCUGUCAAGUCAUUUCAUGAUCUCUUAACAAAGGUACUUAAUUGUGAUUCAAGCAGUGGCAUUCUGCUGUGUAACACCCAGUGGGCUACUUAUGUAUAGUUUGGCUAAUGUAAAGAAAGGCUAAUUUAAGCCCCAGAAACUGCAGAAAGGGCUAGUGAUUGAUGAUAUACCCUGGAAUAUUUAGUGUUGAUGGUGUGGGGUGGGGUUUUUUUUUUUCCUGUUUUGGCUUUUGUGUUGAAAGAAGAUUAGAUUUUUUUUAAUGAGACAUUCCUCAUUAGAACUACAUAUAAGGUGUUGGUUGUUUUUUAAUGGUCCUUUAAAAUGUCACACCAAAUUUUUAUUUAGUUCAUUUUUCUGUAUUAGAAGAAAAUUCCAGGGGCCUCAAAAUUCAAUUUGUGCCUGCCUUGGCCAUUUCACUUUUGCCCUAUGGCAAUCCACACUCCUUGUUGCUGGUGCUGCUGAGUCUCAAGAAUCGUGUUUCAGGUGUUUUGAUUCAGCUAUUAAAAUUCAUCUGUGUUAAAGUGAAA